AAGAUGAACACCUGCAGUAACAACAACAACAACAACAACGAAAGCCCUCACGACUAUAUGGAUAUCGAUUUGUCCUUGAAGCUCAACGAAUCUCCUCAAGAUUCCCCGCAGCCUGUCGGAGAAUCAUCAUCACAACCAAACAAAGGAGAUUCGCCGUCAUCGUCCAAAAAUUCCAAGACAGAAGAGAUAACAGUGCUGCAAACGGAAAUGAAACGCAUGAAAGAGGAGAAUAAGGUGUUGAGGGAGGCCGUGGAGCACACCAUGAAAGAUUUCCUCGAUCUGCAGACCAAACUUGCACUAUUUGUCCAGCAAAACGAUCACAAAAAGGACGUUAUUAGCAAUUUUCUUUGGGUGAAUGGGGAAGAAGGGAAGAUUAGUCAAGAGCUGAACAGAACAUCAUCAUCGUCAUCGCCGACCGCACAGCUGGAACAUAAUAAUAAUAAUAAUAAUAGUUUUAGUGAUACUGAAUUAGGGUUGUCGCUCACGCUGCAAACCGCCGCCGCCGCAGAUGAUCAUGAGAAAGGAAGAGAUCAGAAGAGUCCGCCAUCGCCGCCGCCGUCAAUACACGGUAAUAUUCACCAUGGAAGCAGCUUUUCUGCAGGGCUUAGUGCCAAGAAUCCCCCCAUUUCUCAGCACAACGUCAGAAAACCUAGGGUUUCGGUCCGGGCUCGGUGUGAAUCUGCCACCAUGAAUGAUGGUUGUCAAUGGAGAAAAUAUGGCCAAAAGAUUGCUAAAGGAAAUCCUUGUCCAAGAGCCUAUUAUCGGUGCACGGUAGCUCCGGGAUGCCCCGUAAGGAAGCAGGUUCAAAGAUGCAUAGAAGAUAUGUCUAUAUUAAUCACAACCUACGAAGGAACACACAACCAUCCCCUUCCGGUGGGUGCAACCGCCAUGGCAGCCUCAACAGCUUCAACAGCAGCCUCCUUCAUGUUUCUGGAUUCUUCCAACCCCAUUUCCAACAACAACCUCGGAAUUCCCCAAAACCAACCGUUUCUCAACUCCCAAAACUACCACCACAACAUGAUCCCAACCCUAAUCAGAAACAUAAACCCUAAUUCCGCCAUGGCAGCCCCUUACCACCAUGAUCCUGCAGCUUCUUCCAAACUAGGGCUCGUUCUUGACCUCACCAAAGAUAAUGGCGUUUCCUCUUCUGCUAGCUCCUCAACCUCAUUGCCCAAACUUCAGGGACAAAUGGGUCAAUAUUCCUCUUGGAUGAUGCAAAGACUAGCAGGCAAUUUUGAUGGCCAUCUUCAACCUGGGAACACCGCAGAGAAUGAUAAACAGAAAUUAGUUGAAAAUGUGAGCGCCAUUGCCGCUGAUCCUAAGUUUAGGGUUGCUGUCGCCGCUGCCAUUUCAUCAUUCAUUAGUAAAGAUAAGCCGCCAUCCUAGUUAACUAAUAUCUACUAGUAGCAUCGGUGUCUUUUGUACCGGGUACAAUUAUAUUUGCUUUUAAGGUGUUGUCCUUAUUUUGGUACAACAAAGUAAGAAAAGAUGGUCAAAUAAGCUCCCAAACAAUACCUGAAAAGUCAAUUAUGUCAUUAAACAUUUAAAAAGUCGAAUUGGACUCUUUAACACAUUAAAUUGGGGCAAAGAAGCCCAAAUCUACUAUUCAGAGGAAAAUCCGGCAACCGGCUACAGCAAAAUCGUCGCCAGUCGCCGGAUUAUAAUCUGGCGGAAUAUUUAGGGGUCUAAUUGACUUUUUAGGUAUUGUUCGGAGGCUUAUUUGACCCUUUUCCCUAAAGUAAAAGCAGUUGUGUUUGGUACAAAAGGUAUCAAUGUUGAUUAAUAUUGUAGAAUUUUUGGAUGAUACAGGUUAUUUUUAAUUUAGAUCCGAAGUAUCCUCACUGAGAUAUGCUUAGAUCUUGUUUUCUGGGGGGUUUAUAAAAUUUUCGUUUAUAAAAAGGAAUAAAUCCCAGUCAACUAGUUAUUUUACUGUUGUCUGAGGCAGGCUCCAUGUGAGUUCUUGACUGUAUCAAAAGAAGACAAGCAAUAGGUCUUGUUU